GUACAAUGUACAUGUACGUAAUGUAGUCUUGCUAGUUCGAAAUUCAGUGUGUUACAGCAAGGGCGUCAUUUCAUGAAAUCCAUUACAUUUAAAUUUAUGGCCAAACAGUUGCCUGCUUUCAUUUUGUUAUCUGAAGUUGGUACCACAUGUGUAAUGUGGUAAAUUUAAAAUUGUUGUGAAAAAUUGUUUAAAGUGAAAUUCCUCUAUAAGAAAGUCGACACCUCUAUUUGUCAAAAGCUGCUGAACAUCUCAUGGUAACUGAGUUUACAAUGCUCUGAUAUUAUCACCAUCAUGCCCUUUUCCUGCCUUGUGUUCUCACUCACCAAGCUUCUCGGUUCAGCACAUGUACCAGCAUCCAGCCAGCCUUUGAAUCCAAACUCCCUCUUUCCCUCUCCAGAGUUACUCUCCAGGUUUCCCUAGGCCUUCCUUUCUGACGACUUCCUUCUGGGGUCCGAGUUACUGUACAUAGUGCCUGUUUUUGGUGUUCAUUAGCUUUCCUUUUUCAGCACAUGACCAAUCAACUGCCAACACCUUCGUUAUAUAAUUAUGCUGCAUAAUUUCUUUCAUACUUCACUUGUUCUUGAUCUCAUCUCUUCAUUUGACACUCUCAUUGGUCAGUAAAUUUUCUGACAUACGUAUAGUAUAAUUUGUAGUUAUUUUGAGUUACAGGUCAUUCCAGACUCAAAUACAACACUGGUUUUGAGUCUUCAUCAUCCUCAAGCUCAAGUGCGUGAAAUGGCUGUUAAACGACUUGGAGAUCUUUUAACAGAAAAAGAGGGACUGUCAGAAGAAAAACAGUUCAUUGGUGAGUCCUUACUUUCAAGGCUGCAGGAUGAUGACCCAGCUGUUGUGGCUUCUGUGCUGACAUUAGGACAGGUCCUUGUCAAUAAUCUUUCUGGCAAACAGUUUGUGGAUGAGAUGUUUCAACUGCUGGACAAGAAAUCUUCAGAGUGGGAAGAGGUCCACAAGGAAGCAUCGCUCUUGCUGGUUGGUGAUUGGGUUACCUGUGCUGUGCCAUCGCUUGUGGAUGAGAUUGUGUUUGGUUUAUUGCCUCGCCUUCUUCUUCAACGCAAGUCCCAGAAAACAGCGAUUCAACUAUCGUUAACUGUUAGCAAAUCGGUGCUGGCUGCACAGCAUCGUCUAUUGUCUGGAAUGAAGGAAUUUGUCAAAAACAAAGAGUGGAAGAGUUGUGGAAACAGUCCUGACCUUGAUAAGCUUGCCUUGGCUGAUAAUGCAUUAAUCAGCUGGCUUGCAGAAAACCUGAUGAAAUUGAAUGAAGAACAACUUAUAGAAACAGUGCUAAGUAUGAUGAAGUAUGCCAAGACUCUUGCAGAUGAUAAUGUUUUCCAUCCACUCCUGAAGUGCUUGCUGGGAAGGGUAGUUUCCAUGGCAACAGACCAGUGUAAAGUGACUCUGAGCCAAAUUGUCACUGAAUUUACCUUGCCUGAUCUGUGGAGGGUUACAAGACUUCCAGGAAAUUACGAGACACCCGAGAGCGAAGACUCCGAGCAGGAGACAGCUGGAACUGUUCCAAAACCACUCCUAACAAGCCUGCUUAGAUUUCUUGGCAAACACAGUACUAAACGUUUAAAUCAUGCCAAAGGGGCUAUCACACUUUGGCUGUGUGGGAAUCUGUUAAAGAACAUCCCAGCAAACUCUCAAGCUCCAGUUGGACACUGGUGGCCUAUAAAGGAUAGUGGUCAAUCAGAAGGCAUGUACAGUAAGCUCUUGACUUCGCUGUUUGAGGUAGUGGCAUAUGGGAGUGGCACUUCAACAUCACACCAAGUGUUGUUUAAAAAAUUGCUUCAAGAUCUAUUUGAGUGUCAUCUGGCUGACAAACUGGUGUUGUUGAAGUUUCUGGGACAUCUUUGGUGUAAAAAUCCCCUCAGGGGAGGAGAUGGGGUGUCUGGUCUUCUCCAGGUUCAGUGUCUCCAUAUUGCAAAUGCCUGCCUUGCAUCCAUGUCUGGAAAACCAGUGAAGGAAAUGUCCAAGUCAACAUGUACAGGAGUCAAUGGGUUAAUAACAUUUCAGAUUAUUAAUUUUAACUUAAAUCUAUUUUUCUCCUUUUGGGUCCUGAUGUGUAACAGAGUUUUUGGUGAGUUUUUUGCACCUCUUGUGUCAUAUGGCAAGCCUCAUUCCAAGCCAUCUGCAACCGUGAAGAUUGUCAAGAACACAUUGAACUUCCUCUUACAGUAUGUAGUAUCCAGUGAAACACCAUCCUUUGUCAGAAGAAUCAUACUGUCAUCUCUGAGGAAUGUUGUUACACAGGAUAUGCUACAGUCUAUUUUACCGGUGCUAGAACAACUUGUAGAUGAGUGCGAGGAUAGUGUGGCCAACUUAGAUGAAGAUGAGAGUAUCCUGCUGCAACUGAUAGUGCAAAAGUACAGCCCAGCUACUGUUGCCCUUCUGCAAGUCGAUUCUUUAUGUUGGAAAUUGUUAUUGAGAGUGUUGUCGCUGAGAACAGCUGUCUGUCCCGGACACCCAGCACCGAUCAUGACUGCACUUGGCCAGAUUUCAAAUAGAUUCUUCCAAGCUAUUCCAACAGGGGAGGUGAAACAGCAUCUGUUUAAGAUUCUUGUUGACACUCUGCUAGAAACAAAAGAUGUUAUUGUAGGAAAUGCAGUCAAGAAUUCAUUACUGGAGGUUAGAAGAUUUGAAUUUGUUAAUAAUGAAUUGUGUACUGUACACCAGCAUAUAAAAGUUUUUGGUGAGUUUUUUGCACCUCUUGUGUCAUAUGGCAAGCCUCAUUCCAAGCCAUCUGCAACCGUGAAGAUUGUCAAGAACACAUUGAACUUCCUCUUACAGUAUGUAGUAUCCAGUGAAACACCAUCCUUUGUCAGAAGAAUCAUACUGUCAUCUCUGAGGAAUGUUGUUACACCGGAUAUGCUACAGUCCAUUUUACCGGUGCUUGAACAACUUGUAGACAAGUGUGAGGAUAGUGUGGCCAACUUAGAUGAAGAUGAGAGUAUCCUGCUGCAACUGAUAGUGCAAAAGUACAGCCCAGCUACUGUUGCUCUUCUGCAAGUCGAUUCUUUAUGUUGGAAAUUGUUAUUGAGAGUGUUGUUGCUGAGAACAGCUGUCUGUCCCGGACACCCAGCACCAAUCAUGACUGCACUUGGCCAGGUUUCAAAUAGAUUCUUCCAAGCAAUUCCAACAGAGGAGGUGAAACAGCAUCUGUUUAAGAUUCUUGUUGACACUCUGCUAGAAACAAAAGAUGUUACUGUAGGAAAUGCAGUCAAGAAUUCAUUACUGGAGGUUUACCUCAGAAGUGUGAUGGGCAUGGUUUUCUUUUCUAUCAGGUGUGUGGAACUGGAUCACAGCCAGACAGCAUCUGAGUAUAUCAUGCAGCUGGUAUUUACUCUCAUCAACAGUAUUUGUCACAGACUUUCUCCAAACAACAGCCUUUCUCCUUCAGAUCUUAUUGCCGAGGACCAGUUUGAUGUGGAGUUGGUAGUUCAGUGUAUAAGGUCAUCAGAAAGCCCACAGACACACAACCAGGCCCUGCUGCUUCUUGCCACAGCAGCUAAACUCUUCCCAGUAAGUUGUAAGCUGCACAUGUCAUACAUGUACAUACAGUUACGUCACUCCGCCGGUGAGAGAGAACAGUUACCACAGCUGACUAAAAAGGACUCUAUAUCACUCAAUGACAUUGUGGCCAUGUUAAUAAGAGUGUUUGUAGACGCGUCACCUCACAUUCCUGAGCACCGCCAGCUGCCACUGUUCACACAUCUCAUCUGCACUGUUGGCUCAACCCAGUUCCUUCACACGGCUGUCAUUCUCUUACUGGAGAAACACGUUGUUCAUAGUCAAGCUACUCCUGAUGAAAACCAGACUGCAGUUGCUAAAAACCCACUUGGAGCAGACUUUUGUUUAAGGCUUUGCAACAGCUUCGAUGCAAAUGUUCAGGUGGAGGCUAUGUUAAAACUGUUGCAGUACAUUGAUCAGCUACCACUUGAAAAACCAGAAGUUCGUCGCAAGCCCAGAAUGUCUAGAAAGGGUGCCAGCAGUUUUCUGGCUGUGACACCUCUGUUUGACGUGGACACCCACUCAGCUAAACACCUCAGGCAGUUUAAAUACACUUCCCUUAGCCUCAUUCCUUCACUUCUUGACAGCGAGGAGUUUGUCAGUAAGGUCCACGUUGAAGGAGAAGUGUUAAAUUCUCUCUUCCUCAGGCUUCUAGAGGACACCUUGAACUUUAUGACGAAAACGGCACAACAUGGCGAGCAAGCAUCGCAGGAUGCUACUGGGAAAUUUUGGAAAGCUUUGCUGCAUAAGACCUAUGAAAUUAUUGACAAGGUCAAUCUCCUUUUACCUGCAUCAGUGUUUUUUGAUGUCAUCAACAAGCUUCUUCACAGUAACAACAGUACAGUGAGACGCAAAGCGAUGGAACUUCUGAACAGUAAACUGAGCAACAGUGCUGGCAACUAUCCCAGUGAUCAGGUGAAGGCACUGCUGAGCUUAGUAACCGAGCUACUGGUAAUAUCGAGGGGCACUGGAGAGAGUGAGGAGUCCAUUAUAAACAAACAAACAGCACUGUACAGUUUGAAGCUUCUUUCACGAUUGCUGUGCAAGGAUUAUCCUGGCGAGUUUAAGGAGGUGAUGUCUGCAGCAAUUGAGGUGUUCUCUUCCAAGGAUGCUAAUACACAGGUUGCCUCCAGUGCCUUACUUUGUGCAGCAGAAGCGGUCGGCGGUUUAAAGGCACACUGCAUUCCGUUCCUACCCCAGUUGGUGCCGUCUGUCAUCAAGUUACUCAAAAGGACUGGGAUCGAAAGGAACAAUCUUCUGACGCUGUGUUGCGUGACAGCUCUGUGUAAGGCUACCGAAGCGUUGCCUCACUUUCUCAGUCCUUAUUUAGUUGAUAUCUUAAUUCAGGUAACGAGACCAUCGCUUAUUGGAGGGGAGGCUACUGAGGACCAGCAGAAACAAGCCGAGGUUACAAAGCACUCGUCUGUUGAAGUACAAUUAAAGGAUCGAUUAAUUUUGCUCAGGUAUGUGGCUGUGAAGCUGAAGGGUUUGUUUGUCCUGUUUGCUGGUUAUCUUGUGAAGAACUGUGCUUAUCUGCUAGAUGCCACUAACAUCUCAAAGACAGGUAAACGUCCAGUCUAUCUCACUUUUUUGGAUUUUGGUGUGGCUGUGAAGCUGAAAGGUUUGUUUGUCCUGUUUGCUGGUUAUCUUGUGAAGAACUGUGCUUCUCUGCUAGAUGCCACUAACAUCUCAAAGACAGAGGGAACAUUUUCCCCAGACUUGUCUGAAGAAAGAGGAAUACAGAAGACGUGCUCACUGCUUAACUAUGUGUUAGAUUGUCUGCACAAAUGC